GCCCUCAUGUCUGCUCUGAGGCUUUAGAGAGAAAACUCUUCUCUUUCCUUCCUCUCAUCUACUUUUAAGGGUUUUACUGAUGGUCACUGAUGACUGAGGCUUCGUUUAAUUACAGGACAUACAGUAUGACCGACUACAGCACAUGGAAAACAUCGUUACUUUGAGCACUUUGAACGCGUUUGUCAGGAACUUUCUCCAAGCCAUGGCGAAGCAAUACGACGUCCUGUUCAGACUGCUGCUUUUAGGAGACUCUGGUGUGGGGAAAACAUGUUUAUUGUGUCGGCUCACAGAUAAUGAAUUUCACUCGCCACAUAAUUCUACUAUCGGUGUGGAUUUCAAAAUGAAAACACUAGAAGUCAAUGGAAUCAAAGUGAGAAUACAGAUAUGGGACACAGCAGGACAGGAGCGGUACCAAACUAUUACAAAACAGUAUUACAGACGAGCACAGGGAAUUUUCCUUGUAUACGACAUCACCAGCUCUCUCUCCUUCCAACAUAUUAUGAAUUGGAUUAGUGAUGUUGAUGAGUACGCACCACACAUAGUGCAGAAAAUUCUUGUUGGGAACAAACAUGAUGAGGAGCAUCGAAGGCAAGUGACCACCGAGCAGGGCAAUAAGCUUGCUAAGUCUUAUGGUAUGGAUUUCUUUGAGACAAGUGCCUUUACCAACUACAACAUUACUGAGGCAUUCACUCGGAUGACCAAACUGGUGCUACAAGCCAACAGGAAGGACCUGGAUAGCACACUGCCAUCUGACAACGAUGAUCUCAGUGCAACGGAAACAGAGCAGGAGCCCGAGUAUAACACCUGCUCAUGUUAGGGAAAUGAGAGCUUAUUUAUCACAGGCAGUUACGAACAUUUUCGACAAUAUCCUUUAGAAAGUAUUUGUUAAAACUCUUUAUAAGCGCUCUCAUUACUAGAUCAAUAUAAUCGUUGCUUUGUCUCAUUGCUUGAUUGCCAGAUGCAAGACCAAAAUCUUAUGGAAAAUUCACAUCUGGUUGAGUUUCACUAGGAGGCAGUCAUAUGUGAAUCAUUAAUUUGUUCAUGACUCAAGACAGUUGUUAAGCUAAUUUUUUGAUCUGAUCUAAUUUGGCUAGUUAGAGUUCAGCUGUUGACACAGAGAUGGGCAGAGCUGUGAUAAGCAGCAAGGACUUGUGAUAACACUAUUCUAUUGAAUCGUAGUCUGGGCAGAAGAAAGGGAUCCAUCCUGCCCACACCAAGCAUAGAAUUGAAUAAUGGGUGUGUGCUGACCUCAUUGUGGCACUUGAGAAAGAGACUAACAGUUAGAGAGUUGGAUAGAUUUGUAUGUGACCUAAAGCCAUGUAUGAAAUAUUAGUACUCUUUGAAAUAAAUGCGUAUUAUGAUCAUAA